CUUGCCAUCGAUGCUAGCAUAUGGAUGGUGCAGUUCAUGAAGGCUAUGCGGGACGAGAAGGGGGAGAUGGUGCGGAACGCGCACGUGCUGGGCUUCUUCCGCCGAAUCUGCAAGCUGCUAUACCUUAGGACUAAACCGGUCUUCGUGUUCGACGGAGGCACACCAGCACUGAAGCGCCGGACUGUAAUCGCGCGCCGCAGGCAGCGCGAGAACGCCCAGGCAAAGAUCCGCAAGACCGCCGAGAAAUUGCUCCUCAAUCAACUGAAGGCAAUGAGGCUGAAGGAGCUGACCCAGGCUCUUGAGCAUCAGAGACAGAAACAGAAACAGAAGAAUGAUGGUAAUGUGGCAAAGCUUUUGUCAAAUGAAUCGUUUGAAGCUGGCAUGGGGAGUGGUGCGGAAAGACUUAGUACAUCAUCGAGGAGUCAGGAUCCGGGAAAUAUUGAUGAAGCGUUGGCAUCAUCAAUUGCGGCUAAGAAUAAAGAUGGAGCAACUAAAUAUGCAUCAACAUCUGCUGCUGUGGCACCAGUGGAGGAGGAAGGGGAUGAAGAUGAGGAGAUAAUACUUCCAACAGGGAAUGAAGAUGUUGAUCCAGUUGUUUUUGCUGCCUUGCCUCCUUCAAUACAACUUGAACUUAUUGAGCAGAUGAAUGGGCCCAAGCAUAAGAAGAUAUUAUCAAAUGACCAAGACCAUAUUAACAUGUUGAAAUGCAGUGGCCAAAGGAAUAAGGUAGCGUCCGUUAAUCAUGACCAGCAGAAGCUAGAUGAAAUGCUAGCAGCAUCAAUUGCAGCAGAGGAAAAUGGAGAUGAAACCAACAAAACAUCUACGUCUGGUCCUGCAAUUCUGUCUGAGGAAGAGAAUGCUGAUGAUGAUGAAGAAUUUCUGUUGCCAGUAAUGCAUGGAAAUGUUGAUCCUGCUGUUUUAGCUGCUUUGCCUCCGUCAAUGCAGCUUGAUCUUCUUGGUCAAAUGAGAGAGAGGUUGAUGGCAGAAAAUAGGCAAAAGUACCAAAAGGUCAAAAAGACCCCUGAGAAGUUUUCUGAACUACAAAUAGAGGCUUAUCUUAAAACUGUUGCUUUUCGCCGGGAAAUAGAUGAAGUACAGAAAGCUGCUGCCGGGAGAGGGUUUGGUGGUGUGCAGACAUCCAGAAUAGCCUCUGAAGCCAACAGAGAAUUUAUUUUUUCAUCAUCAUUUACCGGAGAUAAACAAGUACUUGCAUCUGCAAGAGUAGAAGGAAUUGCAGAGAAGAAUCAUAACACCCAAUCAAGGCAUCAUGAUUUGGACUCAACUUGUGGCAAUGCUGCUGUCAGUAAGUCCAACAGUAUCUUAGGAUCAAUUCUAGAUGGAUCUAGAAAGGCCUUAAGUAGUGAUGUUGAAACAUAUCUAGAUGAAAGGGGACAGGUACAUGUUAGUAGGCUGACAGCUAUGGGGAUUCAUAUGACACGUGAUUUGCAGAGGAACCUGGAUUUGAUGAAAAAGAUUGAUCAGGAGAAGACAACUGCAAAUAAGGUGGAGAACAUUGAGCCCAUGUCAAACACAGAGAAAGCUGAAACCCCAAACAGUUUUUCCAGUGACUACCUGGUUGCUGAGACUUCACUGGGUGUUGAUGGGAAACCUAUAAACAUGGAUGUUGGAGAUGAUGUAUCCAUGGUAACAAGUGGAACUCCUAUACAGAUAACUUUUGAAGAUGAUGGUGUGGGCACGAAUUUUGCCCGUGAUGAUGAUGAUGAAAUAUUUGCUCGUUUAGUAGCAGAAGUUCCAUUGGAGAUCCCUGCUGAUGGUACUAAAAAACAGUCAUCUCAUAUUGAUUCUGAUUCUGAUUCUGAUUGUGAAUGGGUGGAAAUGCAUAUUGAAGGAAAGGUUAAUAGUUCCGCUGACAAUAAUUCUGGCAUGAAGCCCUCUAUUGGGGGCAACUGGGUUGAUGAGAGUGAGAGUGAUGUGGAAUGGGAGGAAACACCUUGUAAUGCCAUCAAAACUGCUGCUGUUUGCACUGGUAUAUCGGAAAAAUCAAUUUCCAAAGGAUGUUUAUUAGAAGAGGCUGAUUUACAGGAGGCAAUCCGGAGAAGUCUUCUGGAUCUUGGUGAUGAGAAAUCUAAGAAUGUGUUACCUGAACCUGAAAAUUCAAAUGAAUUUGCAACUAUCCUUGAUAAAGCAGACAUUACGGCUGGGCCAGAUUUAACUCAACAAAAUGGUUCUUUACAGCAGAAGUCCUCUGUAGGUUAUAAUUUCAAUAAUACAGGAGUAUCCACAAACAAACCACUCAACAAAUCCGAGCAAUCAAGGCAAGCUGCAAGUGAGAAGGGGAAUUUGAAUAGAGAAGUGCUGUAUGCAGAAUCACUAAAAACUCUAUCAGAAGUAAAGAAGGUCCACUUUCUUCUGGAUCAAUGCCCUGAUGCUUAUAAUUCUAAUUUCAGGUUAUCUACAAUUGCUAACAGGAAUUCCAAGGACAUUUCUCGUAGCUGUGAUUCAGUAUCUAGUGGCAUCGUUGAUGCCAUCCUUGCUGACAAGAGAAAUGAUUCACAGGCUGACCAAUCCGUUUUUGGGAUUGGCAUUGUUAAUGCUAUUGAGGUUGUGAAUGUUCCUGAGGAAGAUGGUCUCCAGAAAUUCAGGGAGUGGAUUGAAUCACCAGAUCCAUCCAUCCUUGGGAGCUUUAAUGGGCAUGCAAAAGCCAAUGUGAAGAAAAUAGCAAAAGUUGGAAAUAACGAUUUCAAAAGUAGCAUGGAAGGAGUCGAUGCUUCCCGACAAAAGAUUUAUCAAGCUGAUGAGAAUCAGCAAUCUGCAGAUGACAUUCAAGAUAUAAAGCAGAUUUUUAUAGAUACGCAUAGAAACGUGAGCAAGAAUUGGCAUAUACCUUCUUCUUUUCCAAGUGAAGCAGUUAUUACAGCUUAUUCUUGUCCCCAAGUGGACAAAUCGACUGAACCUUUUUCGUGGGGAAAGCCAGACAUUCUUGUUCUUCGGAAAUUGUGUUGGGAGAAAUUUGGGUGGAAUAGCCUGAAGACAGAGGAAUUGCUGUUGCCUGUUUUGAAGGAGUAUGGGAAACGUGAGACUCAACUCCGGAUGGAAGCAUUUUACUCUUUCAAUGAAAGAUUUGCUAAAAUUCGUAGUAAGAGAAUCAAGAAAGCUGUCAGAGGAAUUGCUGGAACCCAGGCCUUGGAACUGAUGGAUGAUUCUAAACAAGAAGUUCCUGGAGGUAGAAAGAAGAGAAAGGUUAGUUCUGUUGAAAAUGGAGAUAAUAAAACGGGGAAACUACUGGAUGGAAAUGGUGAAACGCUGAACUCUAUGGGAACAUCAACUACCAAGCAAUCUACUAAAAGAGGGGUUCAUCGGAAGAUUGUUUCAUCUGAAGUGACGGAUCCAGAGCCAGCUUUGCCUACAGGUCGGAAACAAAAGACAGCUAAGAGGUCACGUGAGAAUAGAGGAGGCAGAGGAAGGGGCAGAGAUUAUGGAAUAGGAAAAAAAGGAAAAGGGAGUCGCAGUUUUGACCUAUCUGAAACCAGUUCUUCUGAUUGCCACAGUGGUGAUGAUUGGCAAGAAGUUUGUAGUAAGAAUUAAAGCAGGCCCAAGAAGUGCGACGGGUAA